GUAGAUCGGAAGGCCAUCAUUUUCAAUCCAAUUCCCGCCGAUCAGAGUUCCGGUGAGAACAAUCGUUCGAAGAUGGCCGGGAAAUCCAAACCUAAGCCGUUGAAUGUUUACCUUUAUAUUCCGAAUAUCAUCGGGUACCUGAGAAUUUUGAUGAAUUGUGUUGCAUUUGCUGUUUGCUUUGUGGACAAAAAGCUAUUUUCACUUCUGUAUUUUGUCAGUUUCGUCUGUGAUGCUUUGGAUGGUUGGUUUGCUCGUAAAUUCAAUCAAGCUUCAACAUUUGGGGCUGUUUUGGACAUGGUGACAGAUAGGGUUAGCACUGCCUGCCUGCUGGUUAUUCUUUCACAGGUUUAUAGGCCUGGUUUAGUUUUUUUGUCGUUGCUUGCACUUGAUAUUUCCAGCCAUUGGUUGCAAAUGUAUAGUACCUUUUUAGUAGGAAAGACGAGUCACAAAGAUGUCAAAGACAGCAGCAGCUGGCUAUUCAGGCUUUAUUAUGGAAAUAGGAUGUUCAUGGGCUACUGCUGCGUGUCAUGUGAGGUUCUUUAUAUUACAUUGUUCCUUCUUGCAAGGAAAGAGACUGAAAGUCUUAUCGAUGUUCUUGUAAAUACUGCCACGGCAAGUUGGAUUUAUCUCAUCUUGCUUGCUCUUCUUCUGUUCGGAUGGGCAAUCAAGCAAUUUGUUAAUGUUAUACAGAUGAAAACCGCGGCUGAUGCUUGUGUGCUGUAUGACAUGAACAAAAAACAGUAGCAC